AUGGAUAAUAAUAUAAAUACGUAUUCGUUACCUCCACUUACUCACGGAAAAGUUCUAGGUAUUUUAAAAUUUAUUAUUAACGAAGUUAAUAUUAUUAAAACUAUAUUAGUUGCAACCAAAGAUUUUAAUUUUAUUGUAAAAAUUCAAUGGUGGGGAGAAGUUGUACCCAUACCCGAAAAAAUAUCUUUAAAUAAUUGCAUACAAGUAAGCGAAGAUAAAAAUAAUACUCGUAAGAGUAUAGCGAUUUACGAAGUUAAAACAACAUUAUUUUUAUUAAAACAUUAUUUAAAAGCUUGCGAAAAACUGGAAUUGGUUGUUUCGAAGGCAGAUCAUAGUUUUAUACUUGGAAGUGCCUUUUUAAGAAAUCUUGUUGAUAUAAUUAAAUUAAGAAAUGAUAUUUUACUCCUUCCCGUUGUUGACUUUUUAGGAGAAAAAGUUGGUGAGAUAAAAAUCAAUGUAGACUUUUUAUAUAAUUUAUCGAAUAGAAAUAAUAACUCAAAUUCACAUAUACAGAAACCUAUAUUUUCAUGCAACCAUUCUAAUUCAAAAUCUCUUCAAACAAAUAAAACUGAAAAUUCAACUUUGUCCGUUUGUAAGAAAAAUUUACAUAUGAACCCAUUGAAAAUAAGUCGUAAUGCACAAAAAGUGGUAGGUAAAUACAAAACCCAUAAAAAAAAAAUAUCUCAAACUUCAGCUCUUACUCAACAUUUAUGUACCAUUACAGAAAGAAAAGAAAAACCUGAAAAUUGUAAUAAAUCUUUGUUUAAUUAUUCUACACAUUCAAAUCAAUAUAAAAAAUGUAAUAUUCCUUAUGCUACUCUACCACAAAUUAAAACUUACAAUGAUUAUUCUAAACUACUGCUUUAUAAUUUUACUCAAUUGAAAAAAAAGAAAAAAUUUAAAGAAAAUGAUAAUAAAUCUUGUAAUUCAUCCAAAAAUAUUUUAAGGUCUUCUGAACCUGUACAACCUGUAAAAAAUCAUGCACAAAUUAGUGAUAAAGUUAUAGAAAAUAAAAAAAGAGUUGAAUCGAAACAGUUUUCAGAUUUAGUAGAUAAAUAUUCUUCCGACAGUUCAGGUCGUGAAAAAAUACCAACACAACCUUCCAAGUCUUGCAUUCCAGAAGUGGUUAAUAGAAAAAUGAAAAAAACAUUAAUUCCAGUUAAUAAAAAUGUUUUAAACUACUUAUUAGGAUGUGAUAUGACAAAAGAAGAUGAGGAGUAUGCAAUAAAUGAAUUAAAAACAUUAUCUCCUUGUCAGCAUUUGGUUAACACAUUUAAUGAACUUUAUCAAUCAUCUAGUGAAAGUUCGAUCAAAUCCCAAACUAAAAAUUUUUUAUACGAAAAUUUAAAUGCUAUAAAAACUAAAAAAUCAUUAAAUUUUAAUUUUAAUGAUCCGAUUGAAAAAAAAUAUUUUGAAAAAUUUUUUUCAAAAACAGUAGCAGAAACAGAAGUUCCAUCGACUUUUGAAAUUGUAAAAAUAUUAAAUUCGAAUAUACCUUCAAAUGGAUCUGAAGAAAAAAUCAAUCACUGUACCAUAAAUGAUAUUGAUAAUAUUAAAAUUGAAAAUAAAAAGGAAGAAUGUAAAAAAUAUGUAAAUAAUGAUGAUGAUGAAUAUGUCAAGCAUAACGAAGAUAGUUAUUUACAUGUAAAUACAUUAAAAAAUAAAUUUAAUAUUAUUACGAAUAAAACUAUUUGUUGUAAAUAUUGUAAUAAAAUAAAUGAAUUAGAUAAAAUUAUUGAAUCAUUAGAUCAAUUAGGAACUAAAACGUUUUCUAAUCAAUAA